AACUCCACUCGCAUGUGAUGACGGUGAGACCGUCGCUUGCCGCCUCCACUCCCUAUAUAAACCCCCAAAAAACCCACCAAAAUAACAAAAAUACCAAAACCCUAGAAAUCCCUCUCUGAAAUCCUUGCAUGGAUUUCCUUCAUUUGCGGCAGCUUCUGCCCUGAGAUUUGCAGAGCAGUUGUCGCAGAUGAAGCUUCUAUCCUCCAGCAGCUGCCUUCUCUUCCUCCUCUCCUUCCUUGCAUUCUCUUCUUUUCCCGCCAUUUCUGCUUCGGCUACAAGAAAGAUCGCAGAUUCUCGGAAAUUCAUUCUAGAAGCAGGGAAUUUGGCCCCAUGGGCAACUGGUUUCUUGCAAUUUACUCCGGCAUCAGUACCGGCAUAUGCUCCUGAUGCAAAAUUCCCGCUUGUCUUAGCUGCAAAGCAGACGGACAGGCCAGACAUACUCCGAAGGUUCAAGCACUAUCGAGGCGGGUGGGACAUUACCAAUAGGCAUUACUGGACUUCUGUUGGAUUUACAGGAGCUGCUGGAUUUAUUCUUGCAUCCCUGUGGUUUGUUUCUUUUGGCUUUAUUUUAGCAGUACAUCGCUGUUGUCGAUGGGGAAUAAGCUUAAAAACCAAAGAUCGCAAUUCACGUCGGAUUUCUCUUGCAUUGUUGCUCGUCUUCACAUGCGCUGCAGCGAUCGGGUGUAUUCUUCUUUCUGUAGGGCAGAACGAAUUUCAUGGCGAGAUGAUGGAUACUAUGAGUUUUGUUGUGAAUCAAUCUGAUUUCACUGUUCAGAUCCUUAGGAAUGUUACUGGAUAUCUGUCACUUGCAAAGACUAUAAAUGUGGAUCAGGUUUUCCUUCCAUCAGAUGUCAAGGAUGAAAUCGACAAGCUAACUGUGGAUUUAAAUGAUGCAGCAACUACAUUAAAAGAGAAAACAAGUGAAAAUUCUGCCAAAAUAAGAAAAGCGCUCAAUACCGUGCGCUAUGCUUUGAUCGUUGUAGCAGCAGUGAUGCUCGUGCUAGCUCUACUCGGUCUUUUACUAUCAGUCCUUGGGCACCAGCAUGCUAUCUACAUAUUUAUCUUCAGCGGGUGGCUACUUGUGGUAAUCACCUUUAUUCUUUGUGGAGUCUUUGUAAUCCUGAACAAUGCUAUUUCGGAUACUUGUACUGCCAUGAAAGAAUGGGUAGAGUACCCUCAAGCCGAGACAGCCCUCAGCAACAUCCUCCCAUGCGUUGAUGAACGGACCUCAAAUCAGACGCUGUAUCAGAGCAAAGAAGUUAUCCUUCAGCUUGUAAAUGUUGUCAACACUGCUGUAGACACCAUUGCCAACUCCAACCUACCUAUGCAGUCGUCUCCUUACGGCUACAACCAAUCUGGGCCCCUGAUGCCAUCUCUCUGUUGCCCUUUUGAUUCUCGGCUGGACAAUCAGCAGUGCAAACCCCAAGAAGUGUCCUUAGCCAAUGCAUCCAUGGUGUGGGAGAAUUACACAUGUACCGUUUCAGCUUCGGGCAUAUGCACCAGCCCUGGGAGGGUGACCCCAGAGAUAUACUCGCAGUUAAUGGCAGCUGUAAACGUUACGUAUGCCCUCUAUCACUACGCCCCACUCCUACUCAGCCUCCAGGACUGUAACUUCGUGCGGGACACAUUCACCACUAUAACGACGCUUUACUGUUCUCACCUGGAGCACUACCUAAAGAUGGUCAACGCAGGGCUGGCGCUGAUCUCCGUUGGGGUCAUGCUCUGCCUUGUCCUAUGGAUAGUCUAUGCAAACCGCCCCCGAAGGGAGGAGGUGUUUGUGAAGCUACCUGCUGCAAAGGUAGCAGUCGGGAGUAAUACAUCCACUGGGAAUGAAGUGGAGUCAUGUUAGUAAAUAUUGCCUUGUCAUGUGUUAGUGUUUUCAGAGCAUCAAGGCAUUUUAGGUUUAUGUGGAGGGAGACGCCAUUUAUGUCCCAACCCCCCGAUUGAUUUGCAUACAUAAAUCUGUUUUUAGAUAUUUGAAUGAUACAGAUUUGCAACAAUGCCGGAAACAGGUGUAUGCCAGUCAAUCAGGCAGGUGGGUGUAGACAGUCUCCCUGUUUAUAAAUUGAAGGAAAACCUCGAUGGGGCGAAGCACCAUUGGGGAGCACGUGAUUUCAUGUAUAUUUUGGUUACUUUGGUGUAGUAAUCAGUUGAUGUUAGGCCUUUCUAGUUGUUGACUCU